AUGGCCGAAAUCGAGCACAUCGUCCUUUGGUCUUUCAAGGAGGUAUCCGACUUGGAAUUCGCUAUACAAGCAAUCAAGGCUACAGCAUCAAAUGCACUACGUAACGGGGAAUCAUAUAUUUUGUCCGUCAAGUGCGGAUUCAAUCUCGCUUCUAUUGUCCGAUUCAAAUGUGAAGAUGAUCGAAGAUAUUUCGUCCAGGAGGACCCGGCACACAAGAACUUGAUUGAGCUUGUGAAAGGCAAGCUUGCUUCGGGGGUUCUGGUUUUGGAUUUUGUUGAUGCUUGUGUUGAGUCAGUACCCACGUCCGAGUGUUGA